AUGGCGCUGCGUAAGUCAGCGGCAGUAACUGCCGGUCGCGUUCCUGUUCCGCGCGCGUACGUGCGGGCCGCGUUGCGGGGUCUGCAAGGGGUCGCGGGGCGCCAGUUUUGCGCAGGCACACCGUAUAACUGCCGUCAUCUACUUGAUGAGGCGCUGCGUUACACAUCGGCUUUUCAAGAACGGUGCUCGAAACGCUGGGCAGAGGCUGCUCUCGUCUCCGCGUCGCACAACGGUGGCGUGGGUAUCGGAGGAGGAGUGACUAUUGUUCCUGGAUCGGUUCGGACGCUGCAGCACCUAGUCGCCCUUGAUGGCGAAGAUAACAGUUCCCAUUUGGAAAGUGCUAACACUGCAGUGGAUGAAGAAGAACAUCAGCAGAGUUUUGUUCCGACUUUUGCAGAGAAGCAGCAAGCAAGGCUCCACGCCACGCUGCAGCAGUGGGUGGUUUACUGCGGUUUCCGCACCACACGAACUGAUUUUGAGUCGUGGCAACCCAUGGUAUCGAGAGUGCUCCUUUUAUCACCGUCACGAGUGGUUCCAUCGAGCAGAAGCAGCCCAGAGGCUGCAAAUCUACUCGAGGCGUCGCUACGCCGCCGUGGGGCGAAGGCGUACGUAGAUUUGCUCGUACAUCACCGAUUGGCAUUACGGAGGGAAGAAGAAUGGGUAGUGGUGUGUGAAUUGUGUGCCCCUGCUAAAGAAUUGCCGAGACGGAGUGAUGGAGAUGCAGUGCCACCUGUGAUGUCACUGCCCUUUAUUCGCUCCUCUACUGUUGACGCGUCCUGGGAGCGGAGUCUUGCGGUGCUUUCAUGGGCAGUGCAGUUUCAGCAGAAGAAACCGCAUGAACGGUGUCACAUCUCCUCUGCUGAUAUUUCCUCUGUCCUCCAGCAGUACGUCCAGCACUUUGGACAGCGCAUACAAGUAUCAGAGAUUCCACUUGAGACCGAUGAGGAUGGAGGUGCUGUACCGCUGACCGUAUCGGCCGAACAGGACGUUGUGGCGCGGCUACAACGGUGGUGGGCCGCUGCGCGUGCAGUGGAGCAGCAGAGCCCGAAGCUCGCAGCGGCGUGCCGCGUCGAUCACACGGCACCAGGAUGGAUGCACGUAGAGGGCCGGAAAGUGGCGCUGGCGCCGUGUGGCGAGGCCCCCACAGCGAGUGGCACCGUCUUUGCGGAGCUGCUGCUCCAGGGGCGCUGGGCGGAGGUGCAGCAGCGUAUAGAGCGUGUGGCCAUUGAGGCGUCGCGACGGCAGGGGCCCACCGAGUCAACAGGCGGCGAGGCGGCGGAAGUUGCGACGGUCGUCGGCGAGGCGUGGGGGGACCGCC